AUGUAUUUGAUAAUCUCUGCCUUAUUUUUUAUACUAAAUUCUUAAUCUACUAAGCUACAAUCAAACAUGAAUUCAACCAAGAAUUAUCAUCUGAAUAUAAAUGAGGAUACUAUAUUACUGUAAUUUCCUCGGGUUAUUGAUGCCAAAUUAUAUACAAACAAUACAGAGCCAUUUUGUACAUUGAUUGAAAAGAAUGUUGCAUUCUACAUAAAAUAGCUUCAAAUGCUUGAGAAUAAUGAAAUUAAUGAACAAGUUGAUAAUUAAGUAUAUCCAUUUAAUUUAAAGUAGUUUAUUUGUAUGACUUAAAUCUAGGAUGGAAUAAUUGCAUUAACUACGGAUUUCAUUCUCUAUUUCUUUGAACUUAAUUAUGAUGCAAUUUAAUCUAAUACUAAUAAUUAAUUUGCCAAAAAAAUUUGGACAACGGACUUUAAACCUAUUAUUCCUGAUUCUGAAUAAAUGAUAGAUUUUGCUUAAGUUGUCUUCAGCGUUACUUCAAGCUAAGCUUUAAUCAUAUUUAAUUCAUCUGCCUACAUAUUGGAUCUUAAAUAGGAUAAAACUAAAAUGCAAAGUCUUGAUGUUAUCAAUGUUGGAGAUUGGGUCUCAAGAUCCACUCGAGGAUUAACUAAAUCAAUUGAUGAAAUUAUAUUUACUUGCGUUGGAGAGUAUGGGAUUGAUAUCUACAAGUCAGCAUUUAAUUCUUUGAGAUUUUUGGGGAAUCUAGAUAAGACCAGUUUAGAAUUAGAUUAAUUCAAUUUGAAAGAUUUUACAUUGAUUAAGCUUAAAGAGCUUUCCUAUAAAUGCUACUUUUUGGACUUCAAUGGGAAUGUUUAUGUCAUAGAAAUUGAUAUAAUCAAUUAUGAAUUUACAUUUUAAUUAGUAACAUAAAUUAGCUCCUAAGGUUAAGGAAUCUCAAUUGAUACAAAAAACGGUAUUAAUGUUUUUGUAGCUUAUUCAUCUUCUCAUCUUUAUUAGGUUAUCGAAUACUACAUAUCGUUGAAUUAAUCUAUCUAUUUUGAAUUAAACUCAUACAAGACAAGAAAUUCAAUAAAAAGUUUAGACGCAACUGACGAAUUUGUAAUUAUAUAAGGGAUUAAUCAUCAUAAAAUUUUAUUUAGGUCAGAUGUUUUACAAUAACAAUCACUAAAUUUACCAGUAUUUACAUAUGUAGGACUGAGAGAUUUUGAAAUAUUUUAAUUAUAAAGUGAUAUUAAAUCAUCCUUUAAGGGAGUGGAGAUUUUCGUAGGAAUUACAUCUACUAACUUAUUUUUAGCCAAAUUUUACAUUCAACCAUAUGAACUAAGUUGUUAUACUGAAUAAACAGAAUAGUUUAACAGUAACUCAGCUUUAUUAACUUUUGGCUAAUUCAACAACUUAUUUGGAAAUAGAUAAUCAUGUUGA